AUGACAUAUCAAUUUUGUCAAAUCAAAGAUCAAGAUGACCAAACACGAAUGUAUAUUUGUAACUCAUUGGAAUGUAUUGACUUAAAAGAUAAUGAACUUUUAUGUUAAAAAUGUUUAUGUAAACAUAAAGGUUUGCACUAUAACAAGUUAAAGGAUUUGGCUAUGAAUCAAUAUUAUGAAUAUAUGCAAAUUUGA